AAUAAAUGAAAAAAAUUUUUUUUCAUUUUUGACAUUUAUAAAUUGUAAAUAAAAUUUUUAUCAAAAAAAAAAAAAAAGUGAUUGAUAAUAAAUUAAUUAAAAAAAUUAAAUUAAAAGUGAAAACAAUGAAUGGUCAGUGGAAUGCCGAAGACAUGUCGUCGAAAUUACUCCUAUCUCCGUCGUCCUCCUCGUCGUCCUCGUCUUCUCGACGAGCCAGAACUUUGAGCGGGAAUUCGAGCACAAACGUCACUGUAAAUAACAACAAUAAUGGGGAGAAAAAAAGAAAUUCGAGAAAGCCGAUACCAAGGCCACAUGAAACCGAAGAAGAGGCUAUCUUGAGGAGAUUCCACGACGCACAAAGAAUGGCGCGUUUUCGGGCCAAGAAAAAAAAGGCCAUGGAGGAGGCGAAGGCGCUCGAGGCCGCUAAAUUGACCGAACUCGCCAUGAUCACCGAAUUGAAACGACGCAAUGUUGUUUUCCAAAUCAAACCUAGCAGUCAUAUUAAUAAUAAUAAUAAUAACAAUAAAAAUAAAAAUCACAAUAAUAUUAAUCAUAAUAGCAGUAAUAAUAAUAAUAAAAGUAUUAGUGGAGGAAAAAGCAAAGGAAGCUCGUUGAUGAUGAUAAAACCAGAGCUGAGCCAGAGAGAAGCUCCAAGUUUGGUACCAAGUGCCCAGGGCAAGUACUCUCAAUUAUUGGAAGUGAUAGAGGAACUCGGCAGAGACAUCAGACUGACCUACGCUGGUAGUAGGACGUCGGCGGAGAGACUGAAAAUGGGAAUCAUACAGGCGCGGAUGCUAGUCAGAGAUUGUCUGCUGGAAACUGAGAUAAACUUGCGACAAUAAAAUAAAUAAAUAUAAUUAUUUUUGCUAUCACUUAUUAAUUAUUAUCAUUGUAUUUUUAUCAUUGACUAACUUUAAAUGUAAGUUUGUAAGGCUAUUAAUAUAUUGAAUGUUCUACUGGCCUGUGACUUAUAGACAAUAAAAAUUUUCUAAUGUUA